AUGAGCAUGGCAUGGCUGAGCAAUCAGACCUCAGGCAAUGAUUUCGUCCUUUUGGAUCUGUUCCGUGGCUCCCGUGUGCCCUGGGUCCUGUUCACACUCACUGUGCUGGAUCUCCUGGUGGCCCUGUUGGGCAACACCAUAAUAAUCAUCCUCAUCUGGGCUGACCCUCUUCUCCACACCCCCAUGUACUUUCUGCUCAGCCAGCUGUCCCUCAUGGAUCUCCUCUAUAGCUGCACGUUUGUCCCCAAAAUGGCCCUGGUCUUUCUGUCUGGGGACCACCGCAUCUCCUUCGUUGGGUGUGGCUUCCAGAUGUUCCUCUUCUAUGCCCUUGUUGGUGCAGAGUGCCUGCUGCUGGCGGUCAUGGCUUAUGACCGCUACGUGGCCAUCUGCCAGCCUCUGCGCUACCCCAUCCUCAUGCGCCCCAGGGUCUGUGUGCUCCUGGUGCUUGUGAGCUGGCUGUGUUCUCUGCUGAACGCCUUGAUCCAUGUGGUCUAUACUCUGACACUCCCCUUCUGUGCUUCCAGGGAAAUCCAUCAUUUCUUCUGUGAGAUCCCAGCACUCCUGAAAGUGGUCUGUGCUGACACUUCCCAAUACGAAAAGGGUAUUUAUGUCAGUCCUGUAAUUUUUCUCCUACCUCCCUUCUCAGCCAUUCUGUGCUCCUAUGGAAGGAUACUGUCUACUGUUCUGGGCAUGGGAUCAGGCCAGGGACUCAGGAAAACCUUGGCUACGUGCUCUUCUCACAUGACUGUGGUGUUGCUCUUCUAUGGGGCUGCCAUCACUAAGUACCUUCUGCCAAAGUCCUACCACUCCCCCGAGCAGGAAGAAGUGGUCUCUGUGUUCUACACCAUCAUAACGCCCAUGCUCAACCCCCUCAUCUACAGCCUGCGGAACAAGGACGUCACUAGAGCGUUUAGGAAAGUUUUCAGAGUGUGACAAGCGUGGAGUUUUCUUGUAUCU